AUUAUUUUCUUGCCAAAAUUUCGGUUGGAUUCGGAUUUCAAUUUUCAUUUUUCUGAUCGAAAUUACCAUUGUGCCCUCGCAGAGCAGGCAGAAAUGAAAUGAGAUUUCUUCCAAUAAAAAACUCGUCUUCUUCUUCUGGCAUGUCGGAGAGUCCGCCUGCGACUCUCUCUUUCGCUCUCUCUCAUUCCUUUUACCUACACCGUAGAAGGACGAAAAUGACCUCCAACAUUUCACGGAAUCACCGUUCGACCCUAUAACCCUAGCUCAAGGGUUUCCAUUUCAUAAUUCUUUGACAACUGAUAAAGUAUUGACAACCUGAAACAAACAUUUUGUUGAUCUCAGUAGUCUCUGGAGAUGGCUGCAAAUUCACUGGCCCAUGUUUCUUCAUGCCCUACUGUGUUGCCUUCAUCAUUGGGUACACUUCCACGUUAUUCUGGGAAUUUCUUGCUUUCUCUUCCAUCUAGAUCGCAAAAGCAAGUCACUCAGGUUAGAGCUACUUCAGCUGAUGCUGGUCAUGACCAGCUGCCAUCUUCUUCAGAAACCAAAAAUCCACUUGCAGUUAUUGUGGAUAUUCCUCACAAUAUUUGGAAGCAAACCUUACGUCCAUUGAGUGAUUUUGGGUUUGGUAAGAGGAGCAUUUGGGAAGGUGGGGUUGGACUGUUCCUUGUGUCAGGCACGGUUCUCCUUGCACUCAGUCUUGUUUGGCUGAAGGGGUUUCAAUUACGGUCUAAGUUCAGGAAGUAUCUGACUGUUUUCGAGUUUUCUCAGGCUUGGGGUAUAUGCACUGGAACACCUGUGAGGAUUAGAGGAGUGAAUGUUGGCAAUGUUAUUCGUGUUAAUCCUUCCUUGAAGCGUAUCGAAGCAGUUGUUGAGGUUGAUGAUGAUAAAAUAAUCAUACCACGAAAUUCACUUAUUGAAGUCAACCAGUCCGGUCUUCUCAUGGAAACUAUGAUUGAUAUAACCCCUCGUGACCCAAUUCCAACACCAUCUGUUGGGCCCCUUCACCCUGAAUGUGUCAAUGAAGGUCUAAUUGUAUGUGACAGGCAAAAGAUAAGGGGACAUCAAGGUGUAAGUUUGGAUGCAUUGGUUGGAAUAUUUACCCGCAUUGGGCGUGAGGUUGAAGCAAUUGGUGUCACCAAUACAUACUCACUGGCUGAACAAGUUGCGUCUGUUGUUGAAGAGGCUAGGCCACUGCUUACAAAGAUCAAAGCCAUGGCUGAAGAUGUUCAACCUUUGCUGGCUGAGGUUCGUGAUAGUGGUUUGUUAAAGGAAGUUGAGAAUCUAACCAAAAGCCUCACUGAAGUCUCUGAGGAUUUGAGAAGGGUUCAUUCAUCCAUUUUGACGCCUGAGAACACCGAACUAAUUCAUAAGUCCAUUUACUCUCUGAUUUUCACUUUGAAGAACAUUGAGAACAUAAGCUCUGAUGUUUUGGGCUUCACUGGUGAUGAGGCUACAAGACGGAAUUUAAAAUUGCUCAUCAAGUCCCUCAGUAGGCUCUUAUGAAGGCAUGAAGGUGGAUGUAGGAUAAUAUAUCUUACAGCACUUUGGGGCACUCGAAAAAUUAUUGCUCUGCUGUUAAAAGCAAGGAGAAGCGCACAAUUGCCUUGUAGGUCUUCUGUUUCAGCCACAACAGAUGAAGGAAAUGAUACAAGAGGAGCUUCUUUGGUUGUGCUGUCUGGGGAUACAACAAUCCGAGUCUUAUUGAAUGUUUUUCCGUACUCCCAAGUCUAGUUCGACCCAUUCCAUUUUUAGUUGGAAGUUGUAAAUGCUUCUCCAUGGAGACACUGGGUGCUACUAAAGAAAAAAUUAUCGUCUUUCAGCUGAAA